CGCGGCUUCGGUGGGCGGCGCGCGGGGCCGACGGCAGCGGGGGCGCCGCGGAAGGGACCGGCCGCCGCGGUAGGAACGCGCCAGCCCCGCCGCGAUGCCCGCGCGCCCCGGACGCCUCUUCCCCGCGCGGCCCCGGCUGCUGGCCCCGGCCGCGCUGCUGCUGCUGCUGUUCGGCCAUGGCGGCCGCGGGCGCUGGGGCGCCAGGGCCCAGGUGCCGGGCGCGGCGGCGGAUGAGCCCCACGCGGCGUUCGGCGGGGACCCGGAGGACCCGCACACCAAGCACCUGUACACGGCCGACAUGUUCACGCACGGGAUCCGGAGCGCCGCGCACUUCGUCAUGUUCUUCGCGCCCUGGUGUGGGCACUGCCAGCGGCUGCAGCCUACUUGGAAUGAACUGGGAGACAAGUACAACAGCAUGGAAGAUGCCAAAAUCUACGUGGCUAAAGUGGACUGCACGGCCAGCUCAGACGUGUGCUCCGACCAGGGGGUGCGAGGAUACCCCACCUUGAAGUUGUUCAAGCCUGGCCAGGAAGCUGUGAAAUACCAAGGUCCCCGGGACUUCCAGGCGCUGGAGAACUGGAUGCUGCAGACACUGAAUGAGGAGCCUGCCACACCAGAGCCAGAACCAGAACCGCCCAGGGCCCCUGAGCUCAAGCAGGGGCUGUAUGAGCUCUCAGCAAACAACUUUGAGCUGCACGUCGCACAAGGCGACCACUUCAUCAAGUUCUUCGCUCCCUGGUGCGGUCACUGCAAAGCGCUGGCCCCGACCUGGGAGCAGCUGGCCCUGGGCCUCGAACAUUCCGAAACUGUCAAGAUUGGCAAGGUGGACUGCACGCAGCACCACGAGCUCUGCUCCGGGAACCAGGUCCGAGGCUAUCCCACGCUCCUCUGGUUCCAGGACGGCAAAAAGGUUGACCAGUACAAGGGAAAGCGGGAUCUGGACUCGCUGAGAGAGUAUGUGGAGUUGCAGCUCCGGAGUGCAGACCGCGGCGCCCCAGAGACCACCCCACCCGCGGAGGCCCCGGUGGGUGCUGCCGAGCCCGAGGCCGACAAGGGCACUGUGUUGGCACUCACGGAAGAUAACUUUGAUGACACCAUUGCAGAAGGAAUAACCUUCAUCAAGUUUUAUGCUCCAUGGUGUGGCCACUGUAAGAAUCUGGCUCCUACCUGGGAAGAACUCUCUAAAAGGGAAUUCCCUGGCUUGGCAGAGGUCAAGGUCGCCGAAGUGGACUGUACUGCUGAGCGCAACAUCUGCAGCAAGUACUCGGUACGAGGCUAUCCCACAUUGUUGCUUUUCCGCGGAGGAAAGAGAGUCAGUGAGCACAACGGAGGCAGGGACCUUGACUCGUUGCACCACUUCGUUCUGCGCCAGGCGAAAGACGAACUAUAAAAGCGCAGGUGAAGUCGCCCUCCUGCCGGCCUCCUGGACUGAGUGGAGGAGCUAGUCGUGCGGACCUCGGGGAGGUUCAGGUGGUGGUUACCCAGAAAGCUGUCUGUACUGAACUUGUGGUAUCUUCUGUGUGUGUAAAGCCAACACACUACAGGAUUUUUAUUAAGUUUCUCUAAGUAAAUAUGAUCCCUUUGCAAACUAAGUAUUUUCAGUGGCAAUCUAUCAUCCCCUUUAACCUUCUCUUGAUGGAAUCUAAAUGGUUUCCUUUUGAGACUAAAACAGUUGAGGAAAAGCAAAUCGCUGGACUAUUUUUGGCUCCUGAGUGAUUUUGGUGAAAGCAUCAUCCAAAGCAGUUUUGAACUGCCCACGAGUCUGGAAAGGUAGUCGCAUGGCGUAUUGUCAUUCCUCUGACCUCAAGGUCACAGCUAAUUAUGUGGCUGGUCUGGAUCUUGGAGCAGAUUUAAAAACAAACCCCACACCUCUGGAAGGCACCUUCCCAGCCACUCCUGGAUUUUGUUUCUGUUAAUACUUCUCUCAUCGCGAGAGGUUUGCCAUAAUGAAAGCAACGGUACUUUUGACAUGUGCCUGAGUAAGGUAAUGCUGAUGCCAUAAUCCUAUGUGUGUGUUGAUAUUUGUCAGAUCAGUUAUUACUGUUCAAAGGAUACUUCUGUUUGUUUCUCCUGGGUGAAAGAUUUCAUUAGUUAUGUUAACAUUAAGUCAGGAUCCACGAGAAGAUUUUAAGUCCAUGUUUAAGAUUUGCUAUCUCCCGUGGAAAAUGUGGGCAUGGAAAGUUCCACAAGGCUCGUCCUGACUGUUCUUUUAACUCAGAAAGAUUCUGGUGGUAUCUGUCACCUGGGGAAAAGGACUAGAUGAGCGGGUCCGGGUAUCAGGGACCAGGGGACUUCGGCAGCAGUUUUAGUUCUGCUCCUUGGUAGUCCUACCCCAGCGGUGGGGAAUGUCCGGCCCGAGGGCCAUAUAAAGGCCUGAGAAAUCAUUUCGUCUGGCCCUGCCAAGGCAUUAGGGGUGAAUUAAUUUAAUGUUUGACCAGAUACAGCAGGCUAAUUUUUCAGUUGAUAAUUUUCUGUGGCCUGUGAAUGACGUUAUAACCAAAUGGCCCUUGGCAGAAAAAAGGUUCCCCAUCCCUGUUAAAGGCUCUCUGUACAUCGUCUGCUAUCUGAGGAGUGGUAUUAACUUUACCUAAAGACCAAAGAAUGAAGUAGGCGGGGCUGAGUCAGAGCUGAAGUAGGCUGUGCUACCAUCAGUGCUAAUGCUCUUAGAAUUCAUGCCUCCCUAGUUAUUAAACAUUUUUACCAUCACCCUUGGAAGUAACCAUAGGACCAGGCUCCCUGUAUGUUCUUUGCCCCCAAGUUACCUUUCCAAAUAACCCUUCUGUCUACCACUCUCACCCGCCUCCCAUGCUUGGGGGAGCCAGUCACCUGACACACAGUAACUGCUGGUAAGAAUCUCAGACACAGGAGCAUCUGCUGUCUGCGGCAGAUGACAACAGAGCAGGAUCUCGACCAGCCUCUGCCUUAAGGAAAUCUUUAUUAAUUGUGUGUGGGUCACAGAUGUUCUUGUUAAAAAACCAACUUUUCAGGAGAAGCACAAUCCUCAUGAGUGGCUUCCGCUUCGCAUCAUGAGUCUUGUAUUGAAAGAAAAUCAAAGUGGUACAAUUUGUUUACACUCUGAUACUUUCUAAAUAAACUCUUUUUUUUAAAAAAA